UCCCUAUCUUCCAUAGUCGCAACUUUUUUUAACGAAAUGAUAGAUUUUGUUUCCACGAAAAAAAAGCCUUUGGUUUGAGGUCUUGAGGUUCUUUUGAGAAUCUACUAGUACAUCUCGACAUGUGUUCACUUAGACUCGAACCAGUCUGCUGCAGAGAAGCGAUAUGCGGAAUCACUUUCUCGGCAGGGAGCGCCAGUUUCCAAAGUGUCAACAUCCGAAGCUACUGGCUCGAGUCUAGUGUUCACUGUACUCCCAUCAGGUCGAUUCUUCUCUAUUCUUCUGCAUUGGUCAAAAUGAAUAUAUCGUUCGACGUUGACGCUGUAACUAAUAUCGUUCGCCAACAAGGUGAAGAACUGCUCAGAGUGCGAAAAGAACUUGAGGACCUCAAGAACACGGCUAUUCAUACUCUGUCAGCAACUAAAUCCCAUGUUGAACACCUCGUCAAAAGUUCUUCGCAAUGGCAACUUCGACUGACAACUAUGAAGUCGAUUAUAGAGACUCUCCAAGCUGAGCACGAUUCAACAUUGAUAGAGCUCCAAGCUAUUCGUGCGAGCCUCGAUACUGCCUUAAGUCCAUUGCUCGCGGGAACGGUGUCUGUACCAGAAGCAGUGACUGGAUAUGAGUCCUUGGAUCCGGACACGAACGCAGAUGAGGAAGCGGCGGAAGAAUCGCUCGAUGGAUUUGUUUCUGAUACGUCUCUUAGCGACCUUACAACCACCAGUAUUUACGGAGGGCAUAGUAUUAAUGAAAGCUUUGCCACUGGAAAGUUAUCCAGCGACGUUCAUGGUCAGGAUUGUCGGGAAGCUUUUAGGGAAUUCCUCGAUGUAGAAUCAAGAAUUGUCGAAGAUAUGGCCGCUGUUUCUCGACUGCCGGGUGACGUAUUACAAGAGUCAGAUGUUUACGACAAGGUUUAUGUCUUCAAUCACUUGUUCUGUGCUAUUGAACUCACCUCGUGCGUUGAAGCAGGAAGUUGUGGCUUCCGCUGAAACCGAAUUCUUGAGGGAUAAAUCUUUACCUAUCCUACCUGAGACUACAGGAGCUACAAUCCUGCCUUCCGUUUCUACCUCUCCUGCGUUGGAAGCUGCCGACUCCGUUAGCUCGUGGCGCAUUAGUAUAAAAUCGCUGGAGCCAAUAUUAUCAAAGCUGCCGGUUCCUUCCACAGGAAAAACGGUCA